UUGUUGUUUUUUUUUUUUUUUUUUUUGUCCAACAGCCUCCUUCCCCCCGUUGGUCAAUCUCCUGCUGCCACAUCUUCGGGUAUCAGUUCGAAUGCUUCCCGCCCGACGAUUUGGACAUUAGGCGACUCCAUCUUUUUCCCCGUCCACAAAGUGGUUUUCUUUAUUUUAUUUCAUUUUUAUUCCCUUUGUGUUAUCUUCCUGUGUGCAGUUUUACUCGAGAUUGCAAUCUAUAUAAGUGUGCCGCCUGCCAUCCACACUCUCUCCCGUCAUCCCUUUAUUUUUUUAGACUCCAACCUAGUCGUCCACAGACUUACAUCGUCACUAUUCUGGAAUCCCAUUUUGCGCCCGGCUCUUUGACCACCUCUUGGGGAUUCUCAGGGUCCAAGUACCAUUAAUUAUUACCUGUCUUACACCUCUUGUUCGUAUCUAGUCCUCACGCACGCGCCGUUGGCACUAGAGGGAUUUUGGCACUGGCGCUUUAUCCUUUCUACACGCCCACGCCCCCCCAGGUUGCUGCACCAAUAGGCCCGCACACACUUUUGCACUCUUGCCUUGCAUAUAUACACUUUAUUUAACUCUUUUGAUUUCUCAGCCUCUGGUCCCUACCUCCUCGUCAUUAUUUUGAUUAUCCCUUUUCAACCUCACCCCUUGGUCCUACGCAAAAGCGUUUUUUGUGAUCAGCUAGGCCGGAAGAAGUCGAACCAUCUGGGUUGAUUUACUCUUUGCUGCUACCUACUAGGAGGAGUGAAGAAAAGACAAGACCACAAAGAUGCCUUCGUCCUCGUCAAAGAAAUCCAGUGCAACAUGGCAGUCAAGGCUCGAAGACGCUUGCCGGGAAUUCCAGAUCAGUGCCCCAAAAUACCAGCUUGUCUCUGAUAGGAGAGGUGGUCGUACGGCAUGGUCGAGCCAGGUGACCAUCUACAAUCAAACUCACGCGGCACGCUUUUGGUAUGACGGCAAGAAUCUUCACAACGCUCGAGAAGACGCUGCCGAGGUGGCCUGGAAUUGGCUCACAACUCCAUCGAGCUCUCCUUCGACCUCCAACACGGCCUCUUGGUGAUCUACGACACGAUCAAAUCUUUUGAGGGCCCGAAGUCAAAAGACUUAAACACCGACCGACUCGACGGAUUCGAGCCCGAUCAGAUAAAAACGCCAGCCCGGUCUUUAGACGCCACCCAAGUCGAACCACUCUCUUGACCAGCAUCAAAGCAUUGUAUUUUUUUCACUUUAUUCCCCCUUCUUCUUUCCAUUCAUCUUUUACAUAUCUCUGCCCGAACAUUCCAAGAUACCCAAGGAACCGAAUCGGGAGCAAACAGCAAACAAAACAAAUAAUGUUUGCCUUUCUCUGUUUGAGCAAUACAAGCAUCCCUAAUCCCGACAUUUUCAGGCGUCAAACUUAUUUCCUUGUAGAAUACCCUCUUUUUUUGUGUGUGUGAUAUGGCGUUGGGUCUUGAGGUGAAUCGGAAUAAAAACAGUCACAGACAGAAAGAGAAAAAAGAAAGAAAGACAAAACAGACAAAAAAAAGAAGACAUGGGCAAACACGGGCAUCUCGCUACGCGGCGACUAAAAGGAAACAGAACGUACGGACAGGACAUGGCGAAGAUUUUGCGGGCUUCUGGCCGCGUGCGCAACGAAGCGAUUCGGUAUUCUUUCAUUUCUUUGAUUGAUAUGUUUCUCGUUCAUUUCCUAAUUUUUUUUUGCUCUCAUCUGGUGAGACAACAUAAUAGCCUCGGCGUCGGAGUUUAUAUUGAUUAUUUACCUCGUCUCAUAAUGCGUCUGCCAUUCUUUGAACUUGACCCAAAAACUAGAAUCGACACAGGGCAGGGGCAAGGCAACUUGGACUCUGCAGCUGGGCGCUGGCACAGCAGAUGUCUUUUGCCAUAUCUACAGCAGAUAGGCCGGUCCAUCUCUUUGAUCAGGGCCGAGCCUGUAAUGCACAACAGGUACCGUUGAUGUUGCCCUGCCAAGCGAGCUUGUUUUCAGUCAAGAAUCACACCAGAGUCUUUUGAAGAUUACACAAACAAGUCAUCUGUGCAGG